AUGCAUAAUCUUGUAAUCAAACGCUGUGCAUCAACAACCUCGGCCGGCGCCGCCAUAGCAUUGCUCGAUUCCAAGAUCAAACGUCUGGUCUCAGAAAGAUUAUACGACGAAGCCCUCAAUUUCUACGCACAGCAUAUCCACCCUCUCCAAUUAAACACAAACACAGCCUUCGUUCUUCCGUCAAUUACUAAAGCUUGUGCCCAUUCUCAAUCCCACCAAAUUCUGGGCUUGCAGAUUCACUGCAACGUUCUUAAAAAUGGGUUCGAUGCAGAAUUUACCAUAUCGAAUUCCCUGCUCUCCAUGUAUGCGAAAUUUUCCGAAACGGGGAGUGCGCGGAAGGUGUUCGAUGAAAUGCCUAGCAGAGACACAAUCUCUUGGAAUUCCAUGAUCAACUGCUACACUCACAACGGUUUCCUUUUAGAAGCACUGAAUACAUUCAGGGCAAUGUAUACCCACGGCUUCGUGCCCAAGCCAGAGUUAGUUGCCAGUUGUCUAUCGACAUGCAUCAAGAGCGAGAACUGGAGAUUAGGUAGAGCAAUACACGCUCUCGUUUUCCUAGAUGAGAGAAUAGAGUGUACAUCAUUUGUGGCCACAUCAUUAGUGAAUUUCUACUGGAAGUUGGAUAAUUCCGAUGCAGCGUUUCGUGUUUUUGAUGGGAUUGUGGAGAGAAACGAGGUAUCGUGGACUGCAAUGAUCACCGGUUGCAUUGAAGACCGUGACUACAUUAAAGCUUUUGCUUUCUUUCGAAUGAUGCAGUGUGAAGAUAUAAAGCCCAACAAGGUAACGUUAGUUAGUAUUUUACCAGCUUGUGCUGAGUUGCACUCGAUAUCACUUGGCGAAGAGAUUCACGGGUAUGCUUUUCGGCAUGGUUAUGAUUUGGACGCUCGUUUCUUAUCGGCACUUCUGCAUAUGUAUUGCAAAUUCGGUGCAUUGCACAUUGCCAAGCUUAUAUUCGAUAGGUCUUUGAAGAAGGAGAUUGUUAUGUGGAGUUCUAUGAUUGCAGGCUAUUCUCAUGACAAAGAUAGUGCAAGACAAGCUAUUAAGCUAUUCAAUGAAAUGCAGAUGGACGGAAUUCAACCGAAUAGUGUUACCCUCUUAGCACUAAUUUCCGCAUGUAAUAAUCUAUUAUCCGUAACCGAUGGCAGUGGAGUUCAUGGCUACGGUUUGAAAUCAGGAUUGGCCACUACUCACGUGGAAGUUCAAAACGCGCUUAUUGACAUGUAUUACAAGUGCGGUAGCUUUCAAGAUUCCGUGAAAGUGUUCGACGAAAUGCCAACAAGAGAUUGCAUUUCGUGGAGUUCUCUUAUUAGUGCCUAUGGGCUCUAUGGGUAUGCGGAGGAAGCAUUGAAGCUCUUUUACAAAAUGAAAUCGAGCGGAUUAAUAAAAGCCGACGGAGUGAUAUACCUUGCAGUUUUAUCGACCUGCAAUCACGCUGGCUUUGUCGAAGAGGGUCAAACGAUUUUUAACGAAGCGUUGGAAGAUGUGAAUGUUUCUUUGACCAUGGAACACUACGCUUGCUACAUUGACCUUCUUGCAAGGGCGGGGGAACUCGAAGUCGCGUACGAUGUUUUGUGUGGGAUGCGAUUUAAACCGAGUUCGAGGAUUUUGAGCUCUUUGGUUUCUGCUUGUAAGAAUCAUGGGAGAUUGGAUAUUGCCGAGUCGCUAGUGCAUGUGCUCGUUGGAAUUGAACCGGAGAAUGCUGCGAAUUAUACUUUGUUGAGUAUAGUGUAUGCUGAGUGUAAUAAUUGGAGUGGAGUUGAAGAAGUUAGGAGAUUAAUGAAGGAUAGAGAGUUGAAGAAGAACCCUAGUUAUAGCAAGAUUUAG